AUGUUACAAUCAAGAGCCAGUUUUGUUAUGGGUAUUCAUGUUUUAUUAAAAGUUAAUGUUUCUGUGGAUAUCGAAGUCGGAUAUAUUAGAUUGGUUAGAGAAAUCGAAAACAAGAUGUUGGAAAAAAAGAAUUUACUUAUAUCGUUGGUUUUAGGUGUAUUCCUAAUCACUACUUUGAUGAUUCUCUAUGGAAACUACCAGUUGGAUGGCAACAGCAAUUCCGAUGUCGGUAGUAGUACCACCACCACCACAUCGGUGACUACAGGCCAAUCGAUUCACAAAUCCAAAAAGCAAAAAUCCAAACCUACACCACCACCAAAACCACCAUUAGUUACAUUCAUGGUGCUGACGGCAGACGAUUUCAAAGAGACUAGAACCAAGGCCAUCAGAGAGUCCUGGGCACCCAGAGCACUCGCAAUGGGCUGGCGAAUUUUCUACUACUCUGAGACCGAUCAAGGCAGUCCACACGACACUAUAGCCACCAACGAAACCGACAAAUCAUCGUAUGGAAACGACAAGAAACAGUGGAUGGCAUGGGAUCACAUGGAAUCAGUCGAGAAUCCAUCGCCGUUCUACAUGAAGGUCGAUGACGAUGCCUAUGUGUUCGUCGAUCGUCUCAAGCGAACAUUGGAGGGACUCGACCCAAGCGGAAUCAAAAUGUACGGUCGUUGCGAUGACUUUUUCUGGGAGCCAAAGCCGUUUUGCGACGGUGGAUCCGGUAUCAUCUUGACGCGCGAAGCACUACAGGCAAUGGUGCGAUGGCACAACGAAGGCAAAUGCAAAGACACCGGUCACAACGAUCUCUCGACAUCGUGGUGCAUGGUAGACAACGGUGUCAAACUCACCUACAUUCCAGGAUUACACGGUGAUCCACCCAAUGAUUGGAAGGAACUUGCUAACGAUGUCACAUGGCAUCAUCUUAACCCCGAUGAUUUAAGAAGAAUCGAUAGAUUAUUUUAUGAUUAA